AUUUACCUUGCUGAUUUUAUAGCGAAGCGCUGCCGAAGUGAAACGAGAUCAUCUCGCCGUUCGAGUUCGCGGUAUUUCAGAAACUUUUCCAAGUGUUUUACUUCGGUCAUUGAAAGAUCAGGUAAUUCUUGAAGCUCGACUUCUGAUUUCGGAAUUUAAUAUAAGUGAUUUUGGAUCUACAAGUCCAGUAGAGAACGUUAGGGGUAGGUGUGGGAUCAAAGUAGGAAGUUAACUGUUCUCAUCCAACUUGUAGUGAGUCCCGAAAGAUGUCGUCAGAAGAGACACUAAGUGUUGGAGGUAGCGAGGGGGAGCAAGGACUGAGCUUGACCAACGAGAAUGAGGUGGAGAGCUCAAGGAGCGAGAGGAGUGGGGGGAUUGGAGGUGAGAUGAUAGAGGUGGGGAUUCCUUCUAACAUAUUAGAGGUAGAUCCGGAUAGGGCCAAGUUCUAUAAUGAGGAGGACGAGGUGGUGGAAGAGGUGGCGGGGUACGAGAGUAUGUGGAAGAGUAGGAGUGACCUCGCCCACCUAGUAGAACAGUAUGCCAUUCCGGGGCAUGUUCUACUUAGGCCGGCUAGGGAGAGGGAAAAGGGCGUGCUCGGCUCCAAGGGAUCAUUGGAUGCCGGUAGGAGGAGGAAGCUGUUCAGUGCAGGUCCUUCAUCUAUAAAGGGGUGGAAGGAUAAGUUUUUCUUCGUGGAUGACACGAAGUGGGAGAAGUCGGAGGUGGAGGUAACGGAGCUCAGCAGGUGGAAGAGGAAGAGGUCGAAUCCGAAUCAGUAUUCAUUGAGCUCGGGAGAGCAGGAGGAGGUGGAGAGGUUGGAGAGGAGAGGUGGGGACGUAAUGGACAUCAUGCAUUUCAGCAGUCCAGCAAUGUUAGAGGCGGCAGAAAUCUAUGGGCCGAGCUCUAUGACUGGAGAAAAGAUGAACCGGCUGAUGUCCAAGAGGAAGACGGUAGCACUGCCGGAGAAGAGGUCGAAAACUCCGGCCGCACCCUCAGUGGGGGAGAGGGUGCUUGGUGGGACUUCGAGGUCUCGCCCGGAGGGGAGCGCCCGAGCUGAGGUGGGCCCUAGCUCAGAUCAGGGGAGGAAGAGGGCUGAGAAGGCUGCAACCCAGAAGAGGAAGAGGGUGAAGGAGGUGCAGCAUCCCCAAACCGAUGCGCUGAUUGAGUUCGUACCUCGACCUUCGCCGGUGCAGAUUGACCCUGCUCUACGCGAAGUGGGGAUGGUGGGGCAUGGGAAGGGGAAGGAGUCCUCUAUUCCUAGGCAGAAGUCAAGCUUUUACGAAAGUACAAGCAAGACGGCUGCCAAGCGCUUCAUCAGGUCCACUUUUCCUGAGGUUGAUCUCAAUAGAGCCCGGCAUAAGGUCGAGGAGCAUGGGGGCUCAGGAGUAGUGCGCCAUGCGCUCGAGACGGUGAAUCUCAUCAAUGCCUUGGCGGCUGAGUACUACGACUGCCUCAAGGAGAGGAAUAACCUCGUCGACAAAUAUGACGAGCUCAACUUGCAGAAGCAGUCGGCUGAGCAGAACUUUAAUGACCUGACUUCGGAGCUCGAGAAAGUCAGGGAGGAGUUGGUUUCUGCCAAGGCAGCCAUCGAUGCUAAGGUGGAGAAGAGGAGAAGAGCCGAGGAAGAGCUGGCUAAGGCGCAAGGGGAAUUGGCUGAGGUGCAGAAGAGAACCGAGAUGGAGGUGCAUAACUCGGUUGAGAAGCAUGUCUCUGAGUUUGUCAAUUCGGAGACGUUUUCAGAGAUUGUGGACCUCUUCCUCAUGCCUACACUGGUGAUGGCAUUCAAAGACUGCCGGAAGAAGGUGAAGGCCCAGAAUCCUGAGGUCGAUGUGACGAAAGUCACUUUCGGACCAGAGGAGGCUGCAGUGGAAGAGGAUGGGGAGAGCAGAACAGCUGAGUUCCGGCCGGACAUAACUCUUAGCUGGAAGCGGGACGAGGCUGGAAGAACUGUGCUCCCCCCACGUCUCGAGUACGAGUUCGUCGCCAUGGACGAAGAGACCGAGGCUCCUGCAACUGCCGAGGUCGGAGAGAAUGCGGCUGAACAAGAGGUGGAUCAGCAGCGUGUGGUGAUCGACUGACUUCGGCCUAUUCCCCUCUUUUCUCUCUCUUUUUUUUUUGUGUAAUGAUAAUAUACUGUUUUUAGCACA